CCGUUAACGAGUAGAGAUGUGGCCACUGAGGUACUACAUCCUAUCCACGGUGCUCAGCGCUGGGUUCACAACACUUGCAGAAUUGGUGGACCUUGAGGAGUUCCUUCAGCCAGACAGUGUUCUGAACGAUGAAAUUGCAAUCAAAGGACGCAGGAAUUACAGUAACAGGUGUUACAGAACUUGUAUCGCCGGCGCUGAACCCAUGACCUGCUACUACCGCUGGACUAUCGAAGAUUACAACACCCUCGGGGCGGCGUGUGGAGCGUGUCCGCUGAACGAGACCUCGUGUUUCAACCCCCAGUGCGUCACAGCUGACGGAUACGAAAGAGGAAUAUUAACUGUGAACAGAGGAAUUCCGGGACCAUCCAUACAGGUGUGCCAGGGAGACAGAAUCAUCGUGGAUGUGAAGAAUAACAUGUUGGCACGAACGACCACAAUCCACUGGCAUGGAAUCUUCCAGAAAGGGACGCCGUAUAUGGACGGAGUGCCUAUGGUUACUCAAUGUCCCAUCAACGAGGGCCAAAUCUUCCGGUAUGACUUCGUGGCGAAGAAUGCUGGGACUCACUUCUGGCACUCGCACGAUGGUCUGCAGAAGAUGGACGGCCUGGUAGGGAACCUGGUGGUCCGUGAACCUCGGUCCUACGACCCGAACAGCCACCUGUACGACUAUGACCUGUCUUCACAUGUAAUUCUGAUCACGGACUGGUUUCAUCUGGACGGCGACCAACACUUCCCCGGUCUCAGGACUCACGACCAGGGGCAGAACCCCGACACAUUCCUCGUCAAUGGCCUCGGUCGAUACUUGAAAACCAGUCUCUUUCCUUCCCUGGGUAGCAUACUCGCAUUAUCGUCUCUCCUUGGUCCCAUUGCCAUCCCACAACAACACAGGAACCUCAGGCUACGCCGACAAAUUCUACAGAGAACCUCCCUGGGGGUGCCAUACGCGGUGUUCCGGGUGUCCCGAGGCAAGCGCUACCGGUUCCGCCUGGUGGGAGGUACGUGCACCGUGUGUCCCUCCCAGGUGAGCGUAGAGAGCCACAGUCUGCUCCUCAUCGCGACAGAUGGCAACCCCAUUGAGCCCGUCCGCGUGGACUCCAUCGUACUUUACCCAGGGGAGCGCUACGACGUGGUCCUUGAGGCGAACCAAGCUGUGGCUUCGUACUGGAUCCACGUGAAGGGGAUCGGCCCUUGUACCGCGGACGAGCCAUAUCAGCUGGCCGUCCUACGAUACAUAGGAGACAGGAGGAAGGAACCAGGAAACCGAAAACCCGGUUACGAUGGAUUCAACUCAGCAGGACCAGUGCUGAAUCCCGACGGAGCAACAUGCAACAAUGGGAGUUCAGGGAUCUGCAUCCCGGAACUCAGGAGCUACUUCCCCGUGGAUUCUGCCGUACUGAAGCCUAUUCCAGAUGUCCAUCUGGAGCUCGGCUUUGGCUUUCACACCUUCUCCAUUGCAGAAUUGUUUCUUUCAAACACCUAUCACCGCUUUCUUCAACCUCCAGGGCCCGUUAUUGUUUCCAGCAUAGUCAACAACAUCUCGAAUAUAUUCCCACCUUCUCCCAUCCUGAGUCAGCCUCAAGAUAUCCCUACAAAAUCCCUGUGUCCUGCAAUACCUACCGGUGUUCCAAAGUGCGGAAGCAACUACUGUGAAUGCUUCAACGUCAUCCAAGUACCACUGGGAAGCAUCGUACAGGUGCUUCUGGUCGACACGUCGACUGUACCUGGGACACUGCACCACCCUUUCCAUCUUCACGGCUUCGCAUUCCGCACUCUUGGUGUCGGUGUGUUCGGGGCGGGACACACAUUGAGCCAGCUGCGAGCGGAUCUCCAGGCGGGAAUAAUACCACAGGCUUCACCUAGACCCACAGCAAAGGACACAAUGGCCAUCCCUUCUGCAGGGUACGGCGUCAUCAGGUUUAGAGCCGACAAUCCAGGUUACUGGAUUUUCCAUUGUCACUUCCUGUACCAUUUGGCAACUGGAAUGAGCGUCGUUCUGCACGUUGGAGACCGCGAGGAUUUGCCCCUCGUCCCUCGAGGAUUCCCCCGAUGCGGCAACUUCCUGUCACCAGUGAAGCCGAGGGCCACGGACCGACAACAUUCUGUCACGGCGAUGUAAUAUUUAUGGUGUUUCACUUAUGCUAUGGUAUCUAAUGUAUUUAUAAUUAUCAAGAACGAGAGUACGCGAAAAAGAAAACGUUUAAAAUGUU